AUGGCUCCCCAGACCCCUUCCCCCCUGAAAGACCGCAGCCAAAAACGCCUCAUCGUCCUCUGCGACGGCACGUGGCAAGACUCAACCUCCGACUCCCAAACCGCCGCCCCCACAAACGUAACCCGCUUCGCGCGCGCCCUCAGCAAAUACGCACCCAACCCCUCCUCCCCUUCCAUCCAGCAAAUAGUCUACUAUCAAAAAGGCGUCGGCGCCUCCCCCCUCUCCCGCCUCCUGGGCGGCGCCGCCGGCAUCGGCAUCUCCGCCAAUGUGCGCGAAGCCUACGGCUUCCUCGCCAACAACUAUGACGCCGGCGACGCCAUCUACUUCGUCGGCUUCUCGCGCGGCGCGUACACGGCGCGGGCCGUCGCGGGGCUGGUCGCUGCGUGCGGGCUGCUGACGAAGAAGGGGAUGGACAGUUUUCCGGAGCUGUAUAAUCUCUAUUAUAAGGAGCAAGAGACGGACGCGCGGACGACGGAGGCGGAGAAGAAGGCAUAUGGGGAGAAGCAGGCGCAGUUUUUGAAGACGCUAACGGAGAACGGGUUGCUAGAGCCUGCGGCGGCGGGGGCGAUUGAGGCGGUGGCUGUGUGGGAUACGGUUGCGUUUGACCCGACGUGGUUCUCGAUGACGUGGGUCGCGCGGCUGUUGGGGAUCGAGCCGGAGCGGUUGGAGUUUAGGAAUGCGGAGCUGUCGCCGAAGAUACGGUAUGGGUUCCAUGCGUUGGCGUUGGAUGAGACGCGAAAUGCGUUUAGGCCUACGUUGUGGCAGAUGCCGAAGGUGCCGCCGUCGGCGAAUGGCGGCGCGGGGGAUGAGGAGACGUGGAGGUUGCGGGAGAUGACGCAGUGUUGGUUCUCGGGGAAGCAUUCGGAUGUCGGCGGUGGGUAUAGCCAGCGGUGGCUGUCGGAUAUCACGCUCGCCUGGAUGGUGGCGCAGUGUGAGAGCCGUGGCCUGCUGGCAUUUGAUCGGGAGUAUCUGUUGGAUCUCGAGCUACCGCUUACGGAGGAGGUGGAAAAGUAUUGGGGAACGGAGAAAGGGGAGACGAGCAGUGAUGAGAAGGGCUUUGCUUGGCUUGUGGAUAAGGCAUCGAGGAAUCUGCCGUUGGUGAGCGGGUAUAGAAGACCGAUGAGCUUGACGGACACAAAUGAGACGAUACACUGCUCUAUCGAGGACCGUCACCUUGGGAACAAUACUGGGAGUAAGGAUGCGGUGAGGUGGCCGUGCGGUCCGUUGACUGGCGAUCGGGACGGCGGGAAGUGGGAAGUGAAGGGCAAGGUAAAGGCAUAUCUGGCAGAGGCUAAGUCGGAUGAACUGGAGCAGACGUUCAGGGGAAGGAUAAGAGCGCCGGUGAACUCGUGUGUGGAGGAUUUGCACCUCCGAAAUUAAGGCAUCAGGGAUAUGGGUUUGUCUUUUCUUUGGUAGUUGGAUUGCAGAUACGUUCUUCUCAUGGUAGGCGUAAUGUAGGUCCUCGCAAUACAAGCUCUGAAACUGGUCUGAUUUACGCGCCUGGCCAUUUCAAAUCUCAUCGAAAUUUUCUACCAC